AUGCUGCCGUUGUCGCCGUACCUGUCCUAUGGACCCGCGGCAGGGUUCGCCCUGCAACGGGAGCUGCUCUCGUCGCGCCUGCUCUUCCACCACCCGCAGCACCACCAAAAGCCGCCCUACUCGUACAUCGCCCUCAUCGCCAUGGCCAUCAACUCGACGCACGACCGCAAAAUCACCCUGAACGGAAUCUACAACUUCAUCAUGGACCGCUUUCCCUACUACAGGGACAACCGCCAGGGCUGGCAGAACUCGAUUCGCCACAACCUGAGUUUGAACGAGUGCUUUGUCAAAGUGCCCAGGGAGAAGGGUGCGCCUGGAAAAGGGUCGUUCUGGUCGCUUGAUCCAAAUUGCACGGAUAUGUUUGAACACGGAAAUUACAGACGCAGAAAACGGAAGCCUGCUGCCGUUCAGCCGAGAGCCCAGAAAUCCGCACCUGCAAACGCCGACAAGGGUAAUCUGGCAGGAACUUCAACGAGUGAUAAAAGUGAAAGGGUUGCCAACAACGGUGGCGAUUCCGAGCCAGAAGCAAAGGAAAUUUCCAGCAAAGCCUCGCUAUUCACAAUCGAGAAUCUCAUCAAGAAAUCACCCUCAGAAAUUAAAAACGAAAACCUGGCGCUCCGAAGGUGGAGUUUGGACGACCCUGAAACUUUGAGAUUUUAUCAGCAACAAAUCGCGAGGCAGUGGUGGCCGGUUGUCUGCAGUUCCUCAUAAAUUUAUUGGUGGUGCACGUGUGUGCCAGCAGAAUGCAAAUAAAACAAUUGCUUUUCGCAGCGUUAUUACUUAUGCAACGAAGAGCCUGUGUAACUUCCAGUGCUAGAAUGGAAAUGAGUUUUGCGAGAGAGUGCACGUUAUACCGACCGGAUGCGAUUUACACAAGGCGACAGCGAAGAACACAAACACACGGCGGCAGCUUUUACAUAGAUUAGAUUCUCUCUUCCUUCAACGUGUACGUACUUUUAGGUGUCUCUCCUUAUUUUGUUUAUUGAAAAGUUUGUGCUUAAAGCUGAUUUGUGAUGCUCUUUCCCAAAAGAGAUCUAGUUACAAAACCAAA